AACUUUAUUACUCGCUGGUAAGUCAUUAGCCGAGUUAACGACGGUGUGCGCCGUGCCCGUUCUGCGUGGUCACAAAGCAACCACAGAGGCACGGAGUGCGACAGCAGCGAAACAAGUGGGUCAAGAGAGGGGAAGAAACCUGUUCUUUCGACUUCUUGAAAACUCAAGGUCUCCAUAACCCUUGAAUCAUGUUUGAGAAACAACGCUAUGACAGUCCGCCCAUGUACAGCCCUCCCUACAGUCCUCCCUCUAAUGGCUAUGGCCCACCUGGGAGUUUCCAUCCCCCUAGGAGUGAGUUUGACCCUUAUCCACCCCCUCCUGGCUCCUUCUACAUGGAGGCGAAGCCCCAGCAUUUCUACAAGUGGCUCUCUCCACCUGGCAUUGUGAAGGCUAUGGAGGGUCUCAUUGUGGUGCUGUGCAUUGGGAUCUUUGCCUGUGUGGCCUCUACACUGGUUUGGGACAUGCAGUAUGGUUAUGGAAUGGGCAUGGGGGGCUACGGCGUUGGGAUGGGGGGGUAUGGAUAUGGCAGUGGCAUUGGGAUGGGCAGUGGUUACGGCUCUGGCUACUAUGGAGGAGGCUACUACAACUCAUACCCAACGCCCUACUCUGCGAAGACCAGUAUGAUUGCCAUGGCAGCCAUCAACUUCCUGGCCUCCCUGGGCUUCUUCGUGGCCAGUUUCUCCAAGACCAGCAGUUUGCGGAGCCGCAGGUUCUACCUGGUGGUCCUGGUGGUCAGUGUGAUCAUGGCCUUCUUGCAGGGCAUCAUCAACAUUGUGUACAUCAUUGGCGUCAAUCCCAUGGCCCAAAGCUCACAGAGCAUGUACUAUAACCCCAUGCUGAUGAUGUGCCAGAACCUGUACAACAGUGGAGGAAUGGGAAUGGGAGGCCUACCCAUGUAUAACCAAUACCUUUACCACUACUGCUAUGUGGACCCACAAGAGGGUAUAGCCAUGGUGUGUGGCUUUCUGGUAGUUAUUGCCCUGAUCGUUGCUGCUUACUACUCCUACAAAACUCGCAGCAAGAUCUGGCGAUAUGGGAAACCCAACAUCUACUGGGACAAACCACUGACAGGGGCCCCUGAAGGCAGAGAUGUGGAGGACUGGGUCAACAAUGUUGAGGAUGAGAGGAGUGUUCAGGACGCUCCAACGGUGGUCUUGUCUGAGAAGGUCGCCUCUCCUCUGAACACGGCAAACAGUGUAAUCUCCUACCCUGUGAAGGCUGACAGCGUCUUCAGCGGGGGGACCUACAAUGGCCAAGUCUACUCGGAUCAGUCCAUCAGCCGCCCCUCUGAGGCUCAGCCCUCACAGGGUGGGGGGGCCAGCUCCAGCCCUUCAGAGGAAGCAGGGGGGGUGCGGCGGCCCUCAGCCUGGAGGGGGAAAAGGCGGCGCCGGAACCCUGAACUGGACGAGUCGCAGUAUGAAACGGAGUACACCACAGGAGCGGAAACAGGCCCCGAACUGGAUGAGGACCAGUGGAAGAGCAUGUACCCAGAAAUCACAUCUGAUGGACAACGCCAAGAGUAUAAGAGGGAAUUUGACUCUGACCUGAAAGAGUACAAGCACCUAUGUGCAGAAAUGGAUGACAUCCAUGACCAGAUGAACAAGCUCAGCCGGGAGCUGGACACGCUGGACGAAGGCACUGCCAAAUACCAGGGUGUGGCAGAGGAAUAUAACCGACUGAAGGACCUGAAGCGGACGCCAGAGUAUCAGACCAAGAAGCUCCAGUGCAAGGAGCUGAGACAUAAACUCUUCCACAUCAAGCGCAUGGUAAAGAACUACGACAAGGGACACUCUUAAAGCAGACCCCCACUACAGACAGAACCCCCAAAGCUCAGCUCAUAGUGACCCAUGUGGGCUCAAUGGGACCCUCAAACCAAAGCUGCCCCAGGCCAGAGCCGCACCCAGUCUGACCUCACACACAGAUGGGUGACAGGGUUUUGGGGGAAUGGACACCUGUGACAAUUGGUGCAGUUCCCUAAUGUCUCCUCUCACUGCACCUUCCUUACACCACCCUCAGUCUUUUUGCUUCAGGUAUGCUUUUGAGCUUGAGACUGCUCUGCACCCACAAGUGUUUCAUUGAUGGGGCAGUUGCUGGGACAAAACAGCUGUUUGGAAAUGGCUCUCAGAUGGUUAUUCCAUGCAUGUAGCGUCACUUGAUUUUUCCACUAUGCAGUUUAUGGUGUUUGGGCAGGUAUACUCUCGCUUACUGUUUUGUUGUACAUGGCUUUGUUCUCUAUGUGUGUGACUGGAAAAGGUAAAUGGAAAGUCCUUUCUAGUGAUAAGUGCUUCUGGGGCUUUAUCAUUUACUGUUUGCUUCAGAUAUGGAAAAUUCAUUUGGACUUGUUCUCUUAAUGUAAGGUGGCAACAAUAAGAAGAAUAUUGUGUGUGGUUGACUUAAAGUCUCAGUUGCCAGUUUUACUGACAAACUCUUGCUGUACUACACUGCAGCACAUAAGAGACCAGAGUUUACAAAUUUUGUUCUUGCUUCUUAUUAAGUGGACCUCCAUGUGCCUUUAUUUGUUUUUGGUAGAGAACUCCGCAAAUUUCUUACCAGAAUUGUAAAUGCUUUUACAUUAUUCUUUCAAAGCUGUCUACGCUUUGCUGUAGUCCCACAUGUCAGAUAAC